GGGUCUGCUGAAAUGUUGCGGGAGUGUUUUCUCCUCUGUUCCUAUUGGUCGACCAGUGCACCACGUGGUCGGGGAGUCACGCGCUUUCCAGGAACCCGUCAGGAAGAAGAAAAACAAAACAAACCCGAGAGAGCUGUAGCAGCGUGUGGACUCCAUUGAAAAGGGACCCUUCUGUCUUCAAUGCAGGAACUUACACGAAGCGAGAGACCUGAAGCAUACAGAGAACCACACCAGACCACAACUCACCAGACGAGACCCGGCUUGAGCUCAGUUACUGACCCCUACCCUGCCCCCCUCCCCCUAGCCGUUCAGGCUACGUCCAUCGACAUUCUGUGAUCAGCAGCAAUUUACUGUGCUGAUCAGAAAACCUAGACCACUGGGACUGGAUAGGAGACCCAGAGGUUCCCCCCACUGGAGCUCUAAGCUGUGCCUGGCAAUGCCUCAGCCCAGUGUCAGUGGGAUGGAGCCUCCCUUUGGGGACGCCUUUCAGAACUACUCAUUUGCUGACCAGGCCCUGACCAGCACUGACCUGCUCGCCACUAGCUCUGACCCAGAUUUCAUGUAUGUACUGGACAGAGACAUGACCCACCGGCAGAGCCCCUGUGGGGACAGCAUGGUGGGGGUUGGGGACGGAGGAAAGGAAGUGGAGGGUGGCGUGGAUCAGCUCAUGGGUCUGGGCGAGUGCGAGACGGUCCACAGCAGUUCAGCAUUCGAACAGUGGGACUCCUACUGGGAAGACCUUACCAGAUACACACGGCUGGCCAGCUGUGACAUCUGGGGCACCAAAGAGGUGGAUUUCCUUGGACUGGAUGACUUCUCAAGUCCCUACCAAGAUGAGGAAGUGAUUGGUCAAACCCCAACGCUGGCUCAGCUCAACAGUGAGGAUUCGCAACCUGUGUGUGAGGCACUCUACCCUCCUGCUGACCUGACACUGCCUCCCCCUCAGCCUCAGUCUCAGCCCUCCCAGCUUCCCUGUCACAGUAAGAGAUCCCAGAUUCCAGGACAAGGAGCCGGGUCUGCACGGCCCUCCCAGAGCUCUACAUCGUCUUCUCGUCCUUCCCGCAGCCUUCUCCCAGACUUCCCUGAAGUCUCCCAAAAAGCCACCAGACCUGUCCCCUCCAGCACUGACACUAUGGCCAAGACCCAGAGCCACCUCAGACAGGAACACAACCAAGUUAUAGGCAAGCCCCAAGGGCGAGGAACCAAGAUGAUAGCGCCUUCUUCCCAUGGCUCUGACUUUGUGCGGAAGGCUAAAGUCCGUGUGAGUGCUGUGCACAAAGCUCAGCCUGAUAUGCCCUCCCAGACAGAUUUUGAGAGGUCAGAUCCUCCUCUACCUCUCUCUCAGCCUCAAGAUGAGAAGGCUUCCACUUUAGCCAAAGUCACUUUGGCACUUCCUGGAGCUGCAGCCGGUGGCUCUGGAAGCCUGACAAGCUUUGAGAGGAGGUCAGAACGAACAGGGAGGAGAGAGAUGCCUGUAGGGUGGUCUGCCCCUGUGCCUCAAGUAAUCGAAGCGAGCCAGACCCUGGAGGGCAGCACCUCUGGCCCGGUGACCAGCAGCAAUAUUGUGGCUGGAGCUAGCAGUGGCAGCGACGUUCUGGUCGUAGAGGGCACAGAGAAGAGCAAGGAGGAGGAGCACAACUACUCUCUUUUCCUGACCCGCAGCAGACUGACUGCCAGAGCCCUCUCCCAGCUGGAGGAGGAUGAGGAAGAGGAGGACGAGGAGGAGGCAGAGGAAGAAGAAGGUGAUGGGCUGGAUCUGGCCGAUGAAGAUCACGAUGAGGGUUUUGGCAGCGAGCAUGAGCUAUCUGAGAAUGAGGAGGAGGAGGAGGAGGAGGAGGAGGAAGAGGAUGAAGACUACGAAGCAGACAAGGACGAUGACAUGAGUGACGCCUUCUCUGAGCCAGGUUGCGACAUGGAGCUGAUGGACGACAUUAAAGGCCUGACAGCCGGAGUCUCCAGCCGGAAGAGAGGCAAGCGUCGCUAUUUCUGGGAGUACAGCGAGCAGCUCACCCCCUCCAAACAGGAACGCGUGCUUAAGCCGUCUGAGUGGGACAGACAUACGCUGCCUAGCAACCUGUACCAGAAGAACGGGCCUCUCCAUGGAAAAUACAUGCUGAAGAAGUCACGCCGCACAGAUGUGGAGGACCUGACUCCUAAUCCACGCAAGCUACUGCAGAUCGGCACCGAGCUCCGCAAACUGAACAAGGUGAUCAGCGACUUAACACCGGUCAGUGAGCUGCCGCUGACAGCACGACCACGGUCCCGUAAGGAGAAGAACAAGCUGGCGUCCAGAGCUUGUCGUUUAAAAAAGAAGGCCCAGUACGAAGCAAACAAGGUGAAGCUCUGGGGACUCAGCACAGAGUACGAUCGCCUGCUGUUUGUGAUCAAUGCCAUCAAGGAGGAGAUUGUGGCACGAGUUGAGGACUCUUCUCCGCGUCCAACCAACAUGACUGACACACUGGAGCGGCUCAUCCACGAGACACUCGUGGCAUCACCUGUUGCUGGGCAGACUUCGGACUUCGUCAACAAGAUCUUGGAGAACACAGGACACGGCGAUCCCACCGGCGGACUGGUCGGCCUGCGAGUCCCCACCUCCAAAAUAUAGCCACAGCGCAGUCCACUGAGAGAAGUGGACUUACACAUUACCACCGUGCUGUCCCAUUGUAACUAUGCUCCCCGCUGCAUGCCCCUCCAACCCAGAGUACAUACACAUUGUUAGUUGCACAGACAGACAUACCACUCCCUGUGUGUAUGUAUGUGUGCUUGUUUUAGCCAUGCACUUGUAUGGCACACAUCCUAGCUUUCUGUCUCUGCACGCCGUGUGCACAGUCAGUACAUCACUGUCUCCCAACCCAUUGUGAACGACUGUUGGGAAAUGUACUUCUACAAGCAAGUGAUAGUUCGGUGUAUAGCUAAGAGCACAUCCUAAAUCCACUGGCAAUUAUUAGAUGUGUUUAACAUAGCAGUGUGUAGGGUUGGUUCUGUUGGAGGUCUGCUUCCAGGGCUGUGACGGUCACACGAGUGCAACCACUGGAAUAUUUUCUCACAAUUUGUUUGAGGUUGUAAUGAUAGAGGAAGAACUAUUAGGAGCCUGAGACCAUCAAAGGCAGAAAGACUUCCAGUUAUCAUUUCCUAGAAGAGGUUCACCUCACAUGGCGACAGAAUGAACUCAUGGAUGAUAAAUUAACCCAAUCAAAAAAGCACUUUGAAAACCGCUUUGGUUGCAAAGACAGCUGCUGAGAAGAAAGCAGUGUGCUCCAAGGCGUUACAGGGUGGCAGGAAAUAUUUUGUAUUGAAGGCCUAAAUAUGUUCAUGCCAUCCCCUCUCUGCCAAUCAGCUCUGCUGUUAAAAUGUAGGAGUUAACUCUUAGCAAAUUAGUGCAUUAGAUAGAAGUUCAAAUUUAAAAUUUAAGUGACAUUCUUGCAGCAGGCGCAGGAAGCUGGUGACAAUAAUUUACACAACAAGCGUUAGUUGACCAGAGAAAGCGCGCAUAGUUUGGUGCUUAUUAGCCUUGUGCUGGUUAGAACUGGACUGGACGAAAUGGGUAUUUUGCCAGUAUGGGAGCAGACUGUGAAGAAGAAGAUGAUGAAGACGAGAUAAACAGUGAUCCAUCUCUUCUAGGAAACUGUACAUAAAAGUGUCUCCCAGUGAAAAAUGGCACAGGCUCCCCAUUUUUGUACAGUAGGGAUGAACAGGCUAACAAUUUGGUAUGUUCAUACUAGUGUUUGAUCAGAGUUCAAUUCAUUGUGCCUUGUUUAUGUAUGUGUGUUUCUGUAAGUCUGACUGUGUGUGUGACAGGGACUGUACGAGAAGAGGUGAUUGGUCAGAGUUCCCGGUGGUCCGGUGUAAAAGAGGACUGCGUUACACUGAGGGAGAUUGUUAGUGAGAGUGAGGAGGGAGACACCUGUGGGGUUUGUCGUGUAUUUCAGUUGUUUAAAGAUAUUCUGAAUGUACAUAAAGCAAAUGGAAGCUCUCGUUGCGUGAUGCCACAGAGUCUGUGUAUAUAGGAGGGCUCCGCAAUAGAUUACUUAUGGUUUUUGGUACUUUGUCUUUAGGGAUUGGGAAAGGGUUAACUGAUAUUUUUGUUAGUUACAAAAAAAAAAUUUGCACACUAUAUUUUGAUUGUUUUUUGUACCAAAGACACAUGCAACGAAAUGGCGACCAGCCAGUUAAAGUAAGGUUUUGCACAGCUUACCUGACGCCGUAUUGAAUGUAAGAAAUGUGGGAGGGUCAGGGAACUUAAUAGAACUGUGAAAUUAGCUUGGGUCCAAUUCUGUACAGAAAAGGA